AUGGCCGCCUCGCCGGAGGUUUCCUUGGCUGACCUUGACGAGCCCUUCUCCCCUUCCAUCUUCCUCGACCUGACCGCGACGCCCCGCCCCGACUGCAAUGACGAGGGCAAGGACCCGGCCUCCGACGACCUCGGCCUCCCCUUUAUCGAGCGCAUACUCAUGGAGGAGGGGAUCGACGACGAGUUCUUCUACCAGUACCCGGACCACCCCGCGCUCCAGCAAGCCCAGGAAUCGUACAGGCGGCCCCACCGUGUCGGUGUCCUCCAAGUGAAGGAAGAGGCAAGUGCCAAUUGCAGAGGCAGCAAGAACCGGCACAACCGGGACGAUGUCCUAGAGGCCAAUUUGUGCAGGGAGAGCAAGAUGAUGGCACCGGAGCCGGAGGAAUCUGGUGAGGUGAUUGACGAAAUGAUUGCCAAUGGAUUCCAAUUGUUCUUCAGAGAGAUGGAGGGCCUCCGCAUCAGUAUGGGCAAUGAGGCUGGGAAGAAGAAGAGCAGGAAAGGGAGUGCGCGGAGUGCCAACGGAGCGGUGGACUUGUGCACCUUGCUCAUACAUUGUGCACAGGCUGUGGCAACGGACGACCGCUGGAGCGCAGCCGAACUGCUUUGGAAGAUCAAGCAGCACUCUUCUCCACGGGGAGACGCCACACAAAGGCUGGCGCAUUAUUUCGCGGAGGGAUUGGAGGCGCGGCUGGCUGGUUCAGGAAGCAAACUGUACAAUUCGCUCAUGGCAAGGCGCACCUCAGCCGUGGACUUCCUCAAAACCUACCGGCUGUAUGCAGCAGCCUGCUGCUUCAGAGUUAUGGGUUUCAAGUUCGCCAACAUGACCAUUUGCAAGGCUAUUGCAGGGAGGAAGAAGGUACACAUUGUGGAUUACGGCAUACAUUACGGGUCCCAGUGGCCUGGUUUGCUGAAACUUUUAUCUAUAUGGCCGGGUGGGCCACCGGAAGUGAGGAUCACUGGCAUUGAUCUUCCCCAGCCUGGGUUCCGCCCAGCUGCUCGGGUCCAGGAGACAGGGUGGCGGCUUAGCAGUUAUGCUCAUCAGUUCGGCGUGCCAUUCAAGUUCCGUGGGGUCGUGGCAUUGCAGCUAAGUGGGAGACGGUUGGGGUUGAUGAUUUGGACAUCGACCCUGAUGAGCUCACCGUAUUUUGUACCGCGGUUCCGGGAGGCGCUGUUCCACUACUCUGCAAUGUUUGACAUGAUGGAUGUCACGACCCCACGGGAUAGUGAUCUACGUGUUCUGGUUGAGCGUGAUCUCUUUGGUCAGUGUGCCCAGAAUGUCAUCGCUUGUGAAGGCUUGGACAGGCUCGAGCGCCCUGAGACAUAUAAGAAGUGGCAGUUGCGGAACCACCGGGCAGGGCUGAGACAGCUGUCAUUGGAUCCCGAUAUUGUCAAGGCCGUGCAGGAGAGUGUCAGGGACAAAUUUCAUGAGGACUUUGUCACUGAUGUGGAUCUUCAGUGGCUCCUGGGAGGGUGGAAGGGACGCAUACUCUAUGCAAUGUCGACAUGGGCUGCAGCUGAUGCUAUCUCGGAUUCUUAG